CUGUACUAAUAAGCUUGAUUAAUUACAAUGUAUUUGCGCAUCGAAUAGCGUUAUAAUUAAUGAGAGCGAAGUAAAAACGAGGUUGCCUGCUAUACAAAGAAUUAUGAAGGGCCCUAUUUUAACCGGCCAAUUGUUGCUCCAUCUGCUUUUGACGCCUCUAGCAGCCGCUUACGAACAGCUUUCGGACAACAGCCUCAAGGACAUACCGGGCGCAGGCGACGACUUUGAUAUCAGCACGGGCCAGCUCUUAGCCCCGAUAUUGAUCCCGCGAGUCCCCGGAACCCCGGGGUCGCAAAAGGUCCAGGAUCAUUUCGUGAACUUCUUUGCACGGCAGCUUCCGGACUGGUCCAUCAUCUGGCACAAUACAACCGCAAAGACCCCGGCAACGGGUGACGAGGAUGUGCCAUUCCGCAACAUUAUCUUCAGGAGGGACCCGCCAUGGGCCGCCGAAGGUGACGUUUCAAGGCUGACUCUGGUCGCGCAUUAUGACAGCCUGUUCCGGCCAGAGGGGUUCAUCGGGGCCACGGACAGCGCGGCACCCUGCGCCUUGCUGAUGCACGUUGCCAGGAGCAUUGACGGUGGGCUGACCAAGAAGUGGUCUGAAAUGACGGCUCGUGGGGAGACUGGAGGUGGGCUGGAGGAGGAGAAGGGAGUGCAAAUUAUCCUGCUGGAUGGCGAGGAGGCGUGGGUCUCGUGGACAGAAACGGACUCACUCUACGGUGCUAGAGCACUUGCUGCCGACUGGGAAGCAGAGGUGCACCCACAGUCGUCUAUUCACCCAACCCCCCUCAAGUCCAUAUCUCUGUUCGUACUGCUUGACCUUCUGGGCGCACCCACCCCGCGGAUACCUUCGUACUUCCAAAACACCCACUGGGCUUAUCAAAACAUGGCCAAGGUCGAGAAGCGCUUGCGCAAGCUCGACCUCCUUCAGGCUCAACAGAGCAAGCCGUUCUUGGUUGAGGCUGAGAAGCCCUCGACUGCCUUCACGCAGGGAUACAUACUAGACGAUCAUGUGCCCUUUAUGAAUCGUGGUGUUGACAUACUGCACGUGAUACCGACGCCAUUCCCGAGUGUAUGGCACACCAUGGAGGAUGACGGAGAGCAUCUGGAUGUGGAGGUGCUGCAGGACUGGGCCAAGAUAAUCACGGCGUUUACGGCUGAGUGGAUGGAACUAGAGGGGUUUCUUCCGAGUGCCUUGGAGAAGAAGCCCAAAGUCGAAGAGGUUGUGAAGGACGAGCUUUAGGCUUUCUGGAUUCGAGGUCUUUGGGUGUACAUGCUAAACUUGGAUACCUACGUAUGUCUGCCGCAAUGGAUCGACAGCUGCAUGUUCGCCGAUCAUCCAAAAAGGUAACCCGACAAUCCCAAUCACAUAAAGUGUAUGCCAG